AUGACCACUACGCACUUGGCGAAUACACCUUUUAAGACGGAAUAUGCCGUGAAAAUGGAAUGCGAAUCGUGUGUGGAAUCCGUCAGAAACGUCUUGGAAAAAAUUCCAGGCAUUCAUCGUUUUGACGUUGACCUUCAGGAUCAAAGAGUGGUGGUUGAAGGAACAGCACCACCUUCGUUAGUGUCAAGGCAUCUGAAAGAGACUGGAAAGACUGUAAUUGUUCGCGGACAAGGCACAAUUAAAGGUGAUCAUGCCGGAGCUUCUGUAUGCAUAUUGGAAAGUUACACGUACACCCCACUAGACAAAGACCAACCGAUGCCACAAAUUAGACCGCAGGGUCUCAUUCGUAUGGUACAAAUUGACGAUAAUAAUUGUCUUAUUGAUGUCACGGUACAAGGAAUCUCGCCCGGAUAUCAUGGAAUACAUAUUCAUGAGUUGGGUGACAUUUCUGAAGGACCUUCAAGCACCGGAGGUCAUUAUAACCCGGAGAACGCGGAACACGGAGAUAUUGAGAGGGGACAUGUCGGGGAUUUGGGUAACAUCUUCGUGGAUGAGAAAGGAUGGGGAGACCUUGUGGUGGAAAGUAGUCGCAUAAAGGUUUGGGAUGUCAUUGGGAGAUCAAUAGUUAUCUCUCACAGAGAAGAUGAUCUUGGCAAGGGAGAUAAUGUGCAAAGCAAGAUUGAUGGUAAUUCUGGACCGGGGAUAAUUGCGGGGAUAAUUGCACGUAGCGCCGGCGCAUUUGAAAAUAUGAAGAAGGUUUGCGCAUGUUCGGGUAAAACACUUUGGGAAGAAUCCCGGCUAUAA